AUGGAACCAGGCGCCGGCACCGGGGAAGGAGCGCCGAGCGCGCCGCGCAGGGCGGCCCUGCCGUGGAAGGUGCGGCUCAUGCUCUUCGCCCUCAACGUCGCCGCCGGCCUCUCGAUGCGUCGCGACGGCACCAUCAACCGCUCCGUCUUCAGCCUCUUCGACCGCCGUGCCCGCGCCAGCGCGCGCCCGGACGUGCACGGCGUCCGGUCCGCCGACGUGGAAGUGGACGCGUCGCGCGGCCUGUGGGGGCGCGUGUUCUCGCCGUCGGAGGCGGCCUCGUCCGCGUCCCCGCUCCCCGUCGUGGUCUACUUCCACGGCGGCGCAUUCGCGCUGCUCUCCGCGGCCUCGGUCCCCUACGACGCCAUGUGCCGCCUGUUCUGCCGCGAGCUGGGCGCCGUCGUCGUGUCCGUCGACUACCGCCUCGCCCCGGAGCACCGCUGCCCCGCCGCGUACGAAGACGGCGUCGACAUUCUCCGGUACCUCGCGAACGCGGGGCUCCCCGACGGCGUCGCCGUCCCGGUCGACCUCUCCCGCUGCUUCCUCGCCGGGGACAGCGCUGGCGCCAACAUCGCCCACCACGUGGCGCAGCGCUGGACGACGGCCUGCGUCGCGUCCUCCUCGUCCGUGCCGCGUUCCAGCCCAUUCCGCCUCGCGGGCGUCGUCCUGGUGCAGCCGUACUUGGGCGGCGAGGAGCGGACGGACGCUGAGGUCAGGCUGGACGGGAAGGUGCCGGUGGUGACCGUGCGGGGCUCGGACUGGAUGUGGCGGGCUUUCCUGCCGGAAGGCGCCGACCGGAACCACCCCGCCGCGCACGUGACCGACGAGAACGCCGACCUGGCGGACGGCUUUCCGCCGGCGAUGGUGGUGAUCGGCGGCCUCGACCCGUUGCAGGAUUGGCAGAGGCGGUACGCCGACGUGCUGCGGCGGAAGGGGAAGGCGGUGCGGGUGGUAGAGUUCCCGGAGGCCAUUCACACGUUCUUCUUCUUCCCCGAGCUCCCCGACUGCGCUAGGCUCGUGGAGGCGAUGAAGGCGUUCAUAGAUGACAGCAACGCAUCCUCUGACUCGGCUGCCUGA